AUGGCUUCAGCAAGAUCAAAAGAGCAUUGCUUGUAUGUAUGUGGAAUUGAACACGAUGUCCUGCAGGAAUUUGAAAUUCAAGUCCAUGAAAUUAUAAGUGAAGCUCGUAUUAAAUUUUACAAAUACAUAGGAACAGGAAAAGAUGAUUGGCGAUUUGCGAAAAUUGGAGUCGCUAAACGAAAGCAAGUCAUUCAGUUGAUGGUAAACUUGAGGGGAAAUAAAGUUGGGAAUAGCAAAUUAGGCUUAGUCGUUUAUUUACCACUAGAAUUAUCUCUAAAAGUCCGAAAUAAAGUGGAAAAAAAAGUCAAAGAUGAAAUGAUAGCAUUAGAUCGGCUUCGAGGAGGCUGCUUUUAUGCAAUGGAAACAGAAAUCAUGCUAGUUGCGUAUCGUCAGCAAUCGGAAGCGGCUAUUGCUAUGCUGUGCCUAGAAAACUUUGAAAUUAUUGAUGACAAGCCGAUAUCACUGGAAAUCCAUGAUAAUCCCAUGAUUGCUGAUACUAUCAAUGAAGUAGUUUAUAAAGUACGUCAAAAGAUUAACACGGAAGAUAGAAAGCAGUGGUACGAAGGGACUCAAAAAUUUCGAUUCAGUAGAGAUUCUCCCCUAUCUGCAACGCUUUUAAGUGAUUCUGAGAAUAUGGAAAUAGAAGAUUGUGAAAGUAAGUCAAGUCGAUUGCAAGUAGCAGAAAAUGAGCUAAUGGUUAAGCAUGAAGACAAAAAAGCUAUCUCGCAAGUAUCCGAAGAUAUGCCUGUAGCGAACCUUGAAGGUAAAAAAGGUAUUUCUCAAGUAUCCGAAGAAGUGCCAGCAGUGAAGCAUGAAGAUAAAAAAGAUGUUCGAAAAAAUGGCCACCAAAAUCUGAAAGUACACGAAAAUAAUGAGAAAACACCAAAUGACUACCGAAACUGCUCCAAAGGUUAUGGCGAUUUAACUUGCAUGGCGGUACAAUAUCGGCUUGCUCAAGAAUGUAGUAAAGCGAAUGAUAAAUUAACAGGUGUAUCAGCAGAUUGUGAUCAAAUGGGAAUAGAUUUUUCCGACCAAGUCGAUUCGGAGUCACACGGCAAUGUCAUAAUGGUUCAACAAGAACUUGAAAUAUCCACUGUUGUGCAUUUUCUUAUUCAGCAGACUGAGUUAGAAGAAAGAUUAAAGGAAAAUGGCUGUGAUACCCGUUUCCAGUAUACUGAUAUAAAUAAUGAUAGAAGUAUUCGAUUGAUUGUGCAUAUGGCCCCUGAAGAUCAAGAGCACAUCAGUAAAAUGCUAUCAAGUUAUACUAAAUGCUUUAUUUGCGAUAGCCAUAAAGAUUUACAACAUCAAAUAUCAACUUUUAUAGCUUUAAGUCUUGAAAAGCAAAUGCUAAUUAACGAAUAUCUGCGGUUUAAUGACGUUAAAGCUGGUAUCAUGUCUAAUGGUGGCAAUCAGUCGGUGUCCAUCGUUGCCCUUAACGCAAAGGCCUAUCAGCAAGCUCUCUCUAGUAUGAGAGAAAUGUUUUGCAGCCAAGUAACCAGAGUCGAUAUUGAUAACCUAUUCUCUCGGCCGGAUUUCCAUAUGUUUAUGAAUGGAUUAAGAAAUUCUUUAACUGCAAGUAAUGAUAUUCAUCUGGAAGGUGAAUGCAGCGACAAUUUUAACUUCUGUAAAAUUAUCGUCACUGGAAGUCGAUGCGAUGUUUCUAAUGUGGUUAAAAUCAUUCAAUGUAACUUAAAUAGUUAUAAAGUCAUUGAUUAUAUAAUUCCGAAUGCUCCAACAUUAUACACGAAAUAUUUGCAAUUGUAUUUGCCAGAAGAGCUUCAAUUGCUGGAACAAUUAUGCGGCUGUAAUGUUCAAUUUGAGAUGAUCAAUGAACACUAUGCAAACAUAUCCAUUAAAUGUAGUCAAGUAUUUUCAUCAGUCAUUGCUAAGAAGAUGAGAGAACUGAUUGAUAAAAGCAGUGACAUAGAAAGCAAUGAAAUGCUGCGCGCAAAAUUAAUGUCUCAGGACAUUUUUGGUGAUGAUGGUAAAGUCAAAGUUUCGCUAAAUGAGGAAGAAGAUGCAAUUGCUACGACUUAUGUUCAAUGCCAAAUGUAG